GAGAGAGAGAGGGAGGGAGUGCGUGAGCAUUGAGAAAGACAACACAGAGAGAAACAAGAGGCUGCUCCAUCACCCUGCAUCCCAGACACUUAAACCCAGUAUGAACAUGUCCAGCAGUUCGGCUCUGAUGCAGCAGAUCUAUCCCUUCCAUGAUGGCUGGAACGUGGCCUGCUUCAUCAUCAUCCUGCUCUUCAUCCUCACCAUCCUCUCCCUCGCCACACUGGCGUUCCUCUAUGAGCUGCUGGACUGUGGAUGCUUCAACAAAACCAAAACCGUUCGUGACCUGCGCCGACAGCACGACGAGGUGGUUUAGUUGUAGCCAUGGUGACAAGGUCUCCAUAGGAACCAAAACAGUAGACUGGUGGAAAAGGCACUUCGUCAGAUCGGAGCCCCUUAAAACACGCCAGUUAUGUACAGAGACAGAAGCAUUCUACUCCCACUAGAUCCAAUGGCAAUACACGACACAGGUGUCUCGACGGCUUCAAAUAUUAGAUGAGAUUUGCAUUAGAAAUGGAGGCUAAAAAUCUGCUUGUGAGUGUACAUCAAUGUUUUCACCGCAUAGAGUCUGAGUAUUCCAAUGCUACUGUGUGAUGACUCUAUAAAACGGUUGAUUUUUGUUUCUUUUUAGACGUGUUUACAUGAAUUUAUCCCAUUGAGUGGGAUGACAAAACAGUUUACAUAUCAGUAUUGUGGAAUUCCUAAGCUAAAUACAGUAUGGUUUGACUACCUGAUGCAAAUAUACAGCUGGAUUGAAAAGAAUGUUUCUAUUUGUUUAUGUUCAGAUUUAUUAUAGGUGAAUACUUAUGUAUUAAAAUAGUUCUAUAUAAAGAAGCACACUAAAGGCCUAUUAUUGCAUCUUUGUGAAUGCCUUAAAAUUGUGUAUUUAAAAUUACAUAAUAAAAAAUCAUGCAAGCACAAGAAA